CAACGAUGUGUUUUUUUAGCCUGAAGUCAUUGUAACAUGGUCUUUCUACAAGCCACGCGCUUUGUGCUCUGCCUGAUUCUGUUUAUUCCUGCCAAUGUGGUCGCAGCAGGUCAUGCUUCGGCAGAUGCCACAGAGAAACCUGAAACUGGGUCCCACCCCAUCCUUGUGUCAGUCCCUAGAGGGGAAACAGCAGUAAUGGAGUGUAAAUACAAGGUGCCUACAGGAGAGACCUUCAUAAUGAUCACCUGGAAGUUCCAUCGAUCGGAUCAAUCCCACUGCAUUUAUUCAAACAAACGGAACCAAACGUUUAAUAACUGCAGCAGCAGGAUUGAGUUCAACAGCUCCUCCCUGAGGAUAUAUAAUGCUACAGAAACUGAUGAUGGGACCUAUAGGUGUGAAGUUGUAACUGCAGAUGGGACCUUCUUCCACAAUGUCGUUCUACAGGUUGUAGUUAAGCCUUCAGUGACAUUGAUAUCAAACAGGCAUGGAUUUCCCGAGUGCCGGGCACAUGGGGGGAACCCAGCGGCAAAUAUCUCAUGGAUCCCAGAAGGUUCCAUCAGUACAAACAGAGCAAUGGAGCCAGAUAGGAGCUGGAUAGUUAGCAGCACUUACACUGCAACCAGCAGCAAUGUCACCCAAGUGACUUGUAUAGUGUCCCACCCCACAUUUGCACAGCCUCAAAACUAUUCCAUAUCAAUUGCACCCUAUAAAGGAAGUACAUAUAUUUUGUUGUUGACAAUACCACUCGUGGUCCUCGUUAUCCUCAUCAUCGUAGGAUUCCUGUUUUUCUGGACAAUGUCUCAAAGACUCAGGGCGUGCCUAAGCAAGGAAAUAAAAAACACAACGGUGACACCACAAGAUACUAAUGAGCAGAACAAGGAAGAGGUGGAGCCCUACGCCAGUUACACCCAGAAAAUAAAUACUAUUUAUAAUUCCAUAUCAGAGAUAUAACGGGAGCCGGGGAGCAGCCCAAGGAUCUUAUCACUCAGUCACGGAACUUCAUUAAUGAUAACGCUAAAAACUGGUUACUGUGUUAUGUAUUAUAAACUGUAUCCUUACUGUAUGUUUCUGGGGUUAUUUUUCUGUUGAUUAAUUGAAAUGUACAUAGAAUAAUUUAAAUACUGGACGAGCAAAUGUAUCUGCCAAUCCAACGUCCAGCGGAAAUACUUUAUUGCACUUUAUGAAACUGGAUUUGCAAAAUGUCAUUUUAUGUUUAUGUCCCGAUCCUCAGCAAUAACGAUUUCUUUCGUAUCCGGCAAAUCUAAAUGGGAAACUGCAACGAGCAAUAGAAAUGUCAGGGCAUUUACAAACCUGAAAUAAAAUACUCAGCUGUGA